GCGCUAGCUCCGUCGCCGACGUUAGUCGCUGUCUUCGCUGCUAACGUUUCGUUAUGAGUUGCUAAAAUCAUGGUGAAAUGUUGCUCGGCCAUUGGAUGUGCUUCUCGCUGUUUGCCAAAUUCCAAGUUAAAAGGACUGACAUUUCAUGUGUAAGACUUCGCUGUUACUGAAAUGAGCGAUUCUACCUAAGUCUGCAGUCUCAAGCUCAGUUCCCCGGUCCUCUUAAAGAGUAGCCUUCACGCCUUUAUAAGGUGCCAAGGAAUCAAAGACGAGAGUAACACCACCAAGAAUAAAAUCCCACACACAAAUCGUCAGUCUCACCUUUGCUAAUGUUUCCAUUUUAAUUGUUAGGCUCCCUGUCCUUUACAGUCUAAAUGGGGGGCCUUUGUUAAAAUACACGUCCCUUCUAUUUAGAAACAGAGGAGGCUUAAAGGUGUUCCCAUGGGAAUAUCUAAUAUGAUUGUAAACGUGCUAAGGAUUUUGCAGCUUUUGUGUUAACUUUGAUAGACAUGGAAAUAAAAAGUAUGUCUACACUACCUUAUCCAAAAUAAUUGUACUGGUUUGGAAAUUUUGAGAAUUUUGAUUAUUGACUCCCAUAUCCCCCCGACAGUUCUGUCUUGAGAAUUCUACACUCCGCAGCUAUUCUCUGCACGUUUCGUAAAGCAUUUGUAAACCUGCUAUGUAUCAGCUGCUGUUCCGUGUAAUUUUGGGAUAAUGCCAGAAGUGAAAGUACAGGGUAAAUUGUGGAUGUCACCUCAGGAUGGGAAAGGCCAGUGGUAUACUUUCACAUCUGUAGAUGAGGGAAAACCAUGGAUUGCAGAUCCUGCCCCCAAGGUGCUGAAGGUCCACUGAGAAGUCCAUAUGGUGUGAUAAAAUGUUAAGUAGAGGUCCUGUGUCUGAAGAAGAGUCGGCAGAAAAGCCUGGAUGCUAAAACUGGGUUGAGAGAGCAGCAGGAUGUCUCCGUGGGUGAAGGCAGUUGUCCUCACACCUAACGACCACACAGGAAGAGAAGAAACUCCCACGAAUCGCUCUCUAGUCUAUACUGUGCAUACCAUGGGAUGCGUGUGCGCACAUGUGCAUAUUCCCCACAGAUGAAAACAUCAAGCGAAAAUGGGUGUUGGCAAUGAAAAGACUAGAUGUGAAUGCUGCAGGCAUCUGGGAGCCAAAGAAAGGAGACGUGCUGUGCUCAAGGCACUUCAAGAAGACAGACUUUGACAGAAGCACUCCGAACACUAAACUGAAGCCAGGAGUCGUCCCUUCUGUCUUUGAGUCCCCAGAUCACUUGCAGGAGAAGAGAGAAAAACUUCAUUGUAGGAAAAACUUCAUUCUCAAAACCCUUCCAGUCACUAACCAUGGUCACCAGCUUGUCGGUGCCUCAUGCACUGAAGAAUUCCAAUCCCAGUUCAUUUUUGAACAUAGCUACAGUGUAAUGGACAGUCCAAAGAAGCUUAAGCAUAAAUUAGAUCAUGUGAUCAUCGAGCUAGAGAAUACCAAGGAAAGUCUGCAGAAUGUUUUGAACCGAGAAAAACACUUUCAAAAAUCACUGAGAAAGACAAUCAGAGAACUAAAAGAUGAAUGUCUGAUCAGCCAAGAAACAGCCAAUAGACUGGAUGCUUUCUGUUGGGAGUGUUGUGAGAGCACAGAAUGAGACUGGAUUUGUGAAGGAAUGUUUUAUAUCCAUCUGCAGUUGGCAUUGAUGAUGCUUCUUAGAAGACCUCACAUACCAUCUCUAAAUCCUAUAAUCACUGACAACACUUUGGAUACCAGGCAGCAUUAUGCAUCAUCCCUGCUAACCAAAAACUUAUCGAAGAUGUGCAGAAAUGUGUUGUAGUUAUGCUUUUGUGUGACUUGUGACAAUUACAUUUUUACAGACAUAAACUAGCGCUGGGUCACUGUUGUAAGAUGGCUAAAUCUCACAUAAGUUAUAGCAACUGGAACAUCAGAAUUUUAACUUUGAUUACAUUAUUGUAUGUCCUUUAUAGUAAAUUGUGAUUUUAAUUUUAAAUAUUUUACUAUAAAGCAGACUUUGUUUACAACACACGUUUAUCUUGCCUCCAACCCAAGGUGCUUUAGCAAUUAAUCAUGGAUUAUUUUUUUAAUAAGGCACUUCAUAGCACUGACCCUGAGAAUAGCCCAUGGAAAAGAUUUAUUGGCUUUUAAGUUAAGAGCCAGUUAGCUAAGACUCCUGACAGGAUGUCAGUGUUUCAGUACAGUGCAUCAUCCCUCCUCACAAGGACUAGUCAGGAUAGCUUCAGACACCAAAGAAUGAAAGCACACACGAUUGACUUGGGUGAGCAGGUGUUGCUUCACGAGAACAUGACUCCUGGCUCUUCAGUCACCUCUUCCAUACAUAGUGCUGCCACCCGCUGAAGAUUUGCAAGGCUGUCUUGUGGUUUUAAGAAGUAAUAUUGCUGACACUUUUAGAACUGUAACACAUAAGAAAAGCUAUUGCAAAUGUGCAGAUCUAGCAGUGGAAAUAGAAACGGAACUGAUGACUGUCCGGUGGCAGUAAUUACUCAGAAAUGGCGUGCGGAAGUACUGUUGGAGACUUUUUACCAAGUUUACAGAAGAAGAGUCUUAGCUGUUUACUGAUUGAGCCCAAUGUUAGGAAUAUUGCUUCUCCUCUGAUUUCUUACUAAAAAAAAAACUAAAAUUAAGAAUCAUAAAUACGGGGCUGGAGAGAUGGCUCAGUGGUUAAGAGCAUUGCCUGCUCUUCCAAAGGUCCUGAGUUCAAUUCCCGGCAACCACAUGGUGGCUCACAACCACCUGUAAAGAGGUCUGGUGCCCUCUUCUGGCCAGCAGACAUACACACAGACAGAAUAUUGUAUACAUAAUAAAUAAAUAAAUAAUUUAAAAAAAAAAAAGAAUCAUAAAUACGGUACAUUAAAAUAAAAAGUAUUAGCCAAAGUCCCUCUCUGUAUUAAGCACAAAUAUGAGUGAAUCUUUUUUGGAGAUCUGUGCAUAGUCAGAGUGUGCAGCAAUUGGUUCUUUGUGUUAGCAAAUCAUGUCUAGUUUUUGUUUAUCUGUUCCCUGUAACUUUGUUUCAUAGUAGUACCAUAAGGGUAUGGUCAGAUAAAGAUUUUUAUAUUUAAGAUAUUGUAUUUUCAUGUAGGACUUUAGCUCUUCCCUCUAAAAGAGAUUUUUACCCACAUUUGAAAGAUUGAAAUUACUGAGGUUCUUUUGUUACCCUCAAAUUUUUUAUUUUCUGCCUGUUAUUUAUUUUCCUUGUUUAAUUUUUUAAGUCACAUCGGGUACUCUAACAAGAAAUGUGGGUAGAAUCUAAAUCCUCAGCCUGUUUGUGAGCAUAUAUGUUUAAAUUGGUGACUGGGGGGAUGGCAAAAGAAAAAGCGCAGCGGUGUCUGCAGUCGCCCCCUCCCCUGGCUGCCGGCCAUACAUCAAGCCCGGAAGACUGAAGAGGAAGGCUCCAGGCUCGGCCCUAUUUCAUUGCACAGUCACUUUGCCCGCUUGUGUCUUGGUGAAGUCAGUCUCUGUCCUCUCUUUCACUGGGCCUAGAUCACUGAGACUUUGGUGAGUGGGUAAGGACCCAGAGCUUCCCAUUUGCUCUUUACCCUUGGACAAAUAGUUACAGUGGAAACCAGACCUGAAAUAAAGGAUCCCUACCAGCUGGCGCUUAUCUGCCUAACCGCCAUCCCUACCUCAGUCCUCUGCCCAGAGAUUGCAGCCUAGGUCUUCCAGGGAAGAACUGCUGUGUAUAAAGAAAAGGCGAAUCACCAUGACCUACCCGGAAGUUCCCAGGCAGCCAAAGCUGACCAACCUAAGGGCUCUAGUUUCUAAACAUGGACUGGCCUCUAGACCCUGAAAUACACUUGGUUUCCAAAGAAGGUAUGAAGGAUUGAUGUGGCAUUUUCUCCAUAUCAAGUUUGAGUUCUGAAAAUAGACUGUUGUUAAAUCUUUAAUUUGAGAAAGGGUAAAAAUGCAUUAAUUAUAUACUUAGUUUUGAAAAUAAAAUUCUGACAAAUAAUUCAGGAAUGAAAGCUAUUUAUUUGAAAAAUAAAAAUUUUGUCUAGUAA